GACACCACUUUCCGGAGACGGUUGGAGAAAGAACUGCUUCUUCCUGCCUCCCAGGUUGCACAGCGGCGCUGGAUUCCCGGGGAACGCCGGCGCGGUAGGAAGGGAUGGCGGGAGGAUGUAUCCCAAGUGCAGGAACCGGAGUUGAGUUGGUGAAGAAGAGCUCCGGCGAGUCAUGAAACAAAUAAAAGGCCAGGAACCUGGGGGAGGCCGUGGACGGAAAAAGAGAGGUUUGAGUGACAUUUUGCCAUCUACAAGCCUACCGCCUCUGGUUGAAGGCCAGCUACGCUGCUUUCUAAAACUUACUAUUAAUAAAGUCAUAUGGAAGAUUACAAAACCUCCCACUUGUGUACUUGUCCGAGUGAGAUGGUGGGGAGAAACAUCAAAUGGAACCCUCUUUUGUCCCAAGGAUGCAUUACAGACAGAACCAAAAGCUGUGAGAACAACAACACGUUAUGCUAUUCGCUGUGGUCCAAAGCAGUUUACUUCUUAUCUAACAGAUAUGGCUGUUCUAGUGCUGGAAGUAAUCACCAAACUUGAUCAUCUCCCAAUUGGUAGAGUUCAGAUCAAUGGAAUAGCUCAGCUUUCUCCAACUCAUCAAAUCAGUGGAUUUUUUACCAUUGUUUCGCCAACAUCCAAGAAACUUGGAGAACUUCAGGUCUCACUUGCUCUGGAGCCUCUGUCAGAAACUUAUGACAGCCACAGUCCUCUUCCUCACACUGACAAGAAGCAAAGUGUCCAUUUAUCUGAACAGGGAUAUAGAAAAAAUACAGAAUCCAGCAAUACUCAAUUUCUGAUUCCAUCAAGGUCUCAUGAGAUACCCACCAUCAAAACUGAUGGAAACGAAUUAGCAGCCAACAGUAGUAGACCAAGCACACCAAGGGGAAAGGAUCACUUGUACUUUUCAGAGAACUCUGAUACAAUAAAGGAUUCUUUCUUUGAGCUGCCACACCAUUUUAAUUCCAGACAGAGUUCAGAAUCUGUACGUCUAAAAACCAAAGCUCCACAGAAGCAGAUAUUCCUUCUCAACAGUACUGAAUAUCUGCCUCAUAUUAGAACAGCUGCCAAGAGCCAUAGUGACUCAUGCAUUCUUUCUUCAAACAACCCCCCUACCAAGGACCUUCUUUCAGCUCUAUUAGAACAAGGCAAUAAACUGCGUAAUGCUAUGGUGAUUUCUGCGAUGAAAUCAAGCCCAGAUACUAGCAUGUUGUUGGACAAAGUUCAUCCUGUGAAGGAAGAUUCUCUUACAUCAUCAACACAAAUCAGAGCUUUGUCUACUAGGAAUCAACUUAAAGAUCACAUUGAAGAUCAUGUCCUCUCUCCAACUGAGCAUACAUUUGGGAAUCAUGACGCAAAAACUGAUACUAGAGCUAUACAGCUGCUAUUAGGCAGUGCUGAAUUAUCCAAAGAUCAUUGCUGGAAUGGCUUAGGCUCCCCUCCAGAUUCCCCACCUGCUGGGAGUGAUGUGUAUUGCAGCAGUGAGCUGAAUGACCCUCAGUAUGACCAGACUCUCCUGGAAAACUUAUUUUACACAGCACAUAAAUCUGAUAACAGCAUCAGUGAUUUUCUCAGUGAAGAUGAUGAUAUUGACCCUGCUAAAAAAAUGAACCAAUCAAAGGCCCUUGGAAGAUCUUCUAAAGUUCUGGAGCCAAACGAUCAAAAGCUGAUGAAAAGGGCAGCAAACAAAAAAAACAAAAAUCUGGCUGAACAGCAGCUACUUUCAGAAGCUCUAGAAGAUGCCCAAACAAUGACACUCAGUGUGGAUAGACUAGCCCUUCUGGGUAGGACACAUUCAGUCAGAAUCAUCAUUGAAACAAUGGGAGUUCCUAUAGAUAGUCCCGAGAUGACCCCAGGCAAAAAAAUCUCUGCUGGGAAACCACCUAAGCCAACAGUAAAAAAAUGCACUUUCUUUAUCAAAUAUCACUUUCCUGUGGGGUUUUCCAAAAGUGGAUUGGGAAAGACAGCUUUAAUCACUGAGGUUGUUCGACUUGCCUCCAGUAAAAUUACGGAUGGAAUGGUGAAAUUUCAGCAACGAUCUGUGUUUCCAGUACACUUCAGUGGCUCAAUGAUACAGCACUGGUGGAAUUCUAACCUCACUUUCCAAAUUUAUGCCAAAAAAACUCCUCAGAAAAAGCCAGAAGUUAUCGGAUCUGCGUUACUCCCCUUGCGAGCUGUCAUUCAGUCAGAGCUGCUUUCUUUCACUGACCAACUCCCAGUGCAACAGGAAAAUGGUCACACUCCACUUGGCCCCCUGAAGGUAACAAUAGAACUUGUUAGAGAUAACAAGGAUUUCACAGGUGUUAAUACUCAUUUAACUAGCAGCACCCAACAUACCCCACUUUGUGUUGCUACAAGUUCACAGAAGAUAUUACAAGAGUCCAACCAAGAUACUACCUGUACCAAAAAUCCACAGAACCUAAAUCAAAUUCAUGAGGAAAAUACAAAAAAAGCACAAAAUUUGAUGCUUCCCAACCCAAAGUCACCAAGCUCUGUAGCAAAAAAUUCUUCAGACUUCAUGCCAGCCUCUCACAAUUUAGUAGAUUACACAAAUGAGUCAAUAAAAGAAAAUGCUUUGCUAUUGCAUGUGCUUUUGAUGGUCCCAGAAGGAAAAGACUUCAUUACUGAAGAAUCUGAGAAACAGCCAGCAUGCAAUGUUUAUUUAAUUUGCAAAUUCUUCAACACAGAGGAAGUCACCAGAUCUGUCAUCGCAUGGAGUACAACACAACCAGUCUUUAACUUUUCUCAGGUGAUUCCUGUCUCUCUGUCUUCCAAAUACCUGGAAAGGCUUAAAAACAAUGUGAUGAUAAUUGAAACUUGGAACAAGUUUCCAGGACAGGACAAGCUGCUCGGGCUGGUGAAACUCCCUCUUCAUCAAUUUUACGUGUCAUUCAAAGAUCCAAAGAUUUCUCGCCUGCUGCUUGAUGCCAGGUACCCAGUUGUGGCUGUGGACAGCUACAUGCCUGUGAUUGAUGUAUUCUCAGGACACCAAAAUGGGAGCCUUCGAGUGUUUUUAGCCAUGGGUUCUUCAGAUCAGAUAAUAGCACUGCAAAGAUUAAAGAAUGAAGAAGGAACACUCCCUCCCUCUGGCCCUAGGCCAGCCCAUUUCCUGGACCAGCCAUCUGUAGCAUCUGUGGCUAUGGCGGAGGACCAAGGAAGUGGAUUGAUAGAACACCACUUUGAGUUCCGUGUAGAGAUGGUUAAAGGGCUAGUCCCUCUUCAGGCCACAGUCUGGGGAGAAGCAGAUUGUUAUGUCCAGUACUAUUUUCCAUUUCAAGACUCACAGUCCAGUGUGCUCAGAGGACCUGAAUUCCUUGAAAAUGGAAUUACUUUGAAGCCCUUUAGAACUGCAACCACACUCUGCAUUCCAGAUCCCAUCUUUAACAGUGAGCACCAUCAUACUCUCCUGUUGCCAACUGAAGUUCCAGUACAAAGGCUCCUUCUAAGUGCCUUCUCUGCACAGGGGCUUGUGCCUGGAGGCGGAGUCCAGUUUGAAAUCUGGUGCAGAUACUAUUAUCCUAAUGUGAGAGACCAGAUGGUUGCUAAAGGAACCUUGCCAUUAUCGAGGAUCUGUGCCAUGGUAACCAUGCAGCACCGUGAGGAUGUGGGAAUACAGACCUUUAAUCUUCCUUUAAUCCCCAGGUUUGAGAACAGGAAAGAAUUGAAGAGCCAGUCAUCAGGUUUACUGGAUGUGGGCAUAAGGUACCGGCGUAGUCUAAGAACAGCAGAGGGAGUUCUUGCCGCCCGAACUGUCUCCAUCUCCAUCCACAUUAUCAGAGCCUGUGGACUGCAAGCUGCAGCCAAGGCUUUGGCUGAGCAGGAACCCACUCUACGCUUUAGUGCCACUGUUGGGGUCAAUGCCUCUGUCACUGCUCAUCUCUCGUUCCUGCCCAAGGGAGAACAGCGCCAAACCCGUCCUGUGGCCUGUUCCUUCUGCCCUGAGUUCUCCCAUCACAUUGAGUUCCCGUGUAACUUGGUAACUCAGCACUGUAGUGGAGAGGCCUGUUUCCUGGCAGAGCUAUUGGAGUUUGCAGAAAUUACUUUUGCUAUCUAUCAUGAAAAUACCAAAUCAGUCAGUGAUAUAUCCAGUAUCCAGUCAUGCAAAGAGUAUCUGCUUGGAGUAGUAAAGGUUCCGACCAAAGAGCUGCUAAUCAAAAGAUCUGGGAUCACAGGAUGGUAUCCUGUCCUUUUACCAGAAGACACAGGCCUGCCUCAUGGCUUGGAACUUAUACAAAAGGUUGUGGGUGGUCUGGAACUUUCAGUUUCUUUCACCCGUCCUGGAGAUAGAGAAAGGGUACUGGAAGCUGCUGAACUAUUGGGUUGGAGCCUUGAAAACAACUUGAAGGAUCCUGUCAAGAUAGAUGAAGAGGAGCUAGCCAGUGUCACCAUCUCUACUCCAAGACUGUGGCUGCCCAUCCAUUGUGUGCUGCUUGCUGGCCACAAGUAUAUUCAUAAGAAUACAUUUUGCUACCUUCGCUACAAGUUAUAUGAUCAUGAAGCCUUCUGGACCCCUCUCAAGAAGCCUAAGGAAUCUGCAAACAAAAACCAGGUCAUGGUUACUUUCAAGGCGUCCAAAAGAGCAGAAGUCACUCGGGGCCCAUCACUGCUUUGGUAUUUCAGGGAGGAAAGGCUAGAGAUCCAAGUGUGGAGAGCUUAUGGCACUGAUAAUGUGGAGAGGCCCCACCAGACAGACAGCUGGAUUGGAUCAGCCUAUGUGGACUUGGCCAGACUUGGAGAGAGGUCAGCAAGAACACUAACUGUCAGUGGUGUAUAUCCUCUGUUUGGACGAAAUGCUUCUAACCUAUCAGGAGCUGCCCUGCGAGUUCAUGUGGUUCUUUCCUCUCUUUCUCCACACACUGAGCCCACUCAUGAGCUGGAUUCCAUGGACUGCAGCAGCCACAGUGAGUCUGAGCAAUUUCCCAGAGGGAAUGAUGAGAUGCAGCUCUCUCCACCCUGUGGCCACCAGAAGUCUUCUGCAUCUACCCAGGUUCCCUGCAACAGCACUACAGCUGAAGUCUGCCUAGCCCAGGAGGGCCCUGCUGGGCUGGAUGGAACUUUUGCUGUCAGCAUCCUGGUAGAAAGAGCAAUGCACUUGAGCUUGAAAGGGAGCCCCUUGACAGAGCGGAAAGUACCCAUACCCAGUUGUUGUGUAUCCUUUGCAACAGCAGAUGAGCCAUCUCCUGUGUACACCCAAGUGGUUGAAAACACAGAUUCCCCUAUCUGGAACUUUCAACAGCAGUCAAGACUAUCAAAAGAGCUUCUUCUGGACCCCCAGCAAACUCUGGUCUUCAAAGUCUGGCAUAAAGGAGAUGAGGAGAGAGUGAUUGGUUUUGCCUCAGUAGAUCUCUCCCCGCUGCUCUCUGGCUUCCAGUUUAUCUGUGGCUGGUACAACAUUACAGACUUCAGUGGAGAGUGCCAAGGGCAAAUAAAAGUCGCCAUCUCCCCUCUAGAGAGUUUGAUACACUUCAAAGAAGAGAGGCAAGCAAGACGUGGGAUGGAGACCCAGGCAUUGCUGAUCCCAACGUACAGUCCGUUUUCCUUCCCGACCUCUGAUAUCUAUGCUGGGUUCCCCAGCUGUAUUGCAAGACACACUCGAGACCAGCUUACUCACACCUCUUCGAAGGACCUUGAUUUCUCCUCUCCGGGAAGAAGCAGUACCACAAGAAGCCCAGCAUCACGUCAUGAAGAGCAUGUGCAGAACAUCCGCCGAUUUCAUGAAUCCCUGCAGCAGGGAGAGGCAGUCUCAGCAAGUGAUAGCAAACUCACCACGUCACCUUUGUCUUCCAACACCUCCAUUCUGACUUCUCUAAGGAAGAAUCUGAGUGAGUUAGAUGAGAUCCAGCUGUAUUUUAGCCAGAAGCUCACCAAGCCUCUCCUGCCUCUCAGCCCUCACAGUAAUACUGCCGUCAUACAGCGCCCGGAGAACCACAGGGACCAGCCUGGGCCAGGAGUCAGCAGCCUAGACCCUCAGAGCCAGUGCAUUCUGGAGAAAUCCAGUAACCUGGUGUUACAAGUCAGCUCCUUAAUCUCAGAUCUGCAGACAAUCACCAGGAAUUCUCAAGCAGCUUUGACUUCUCACCAGGCAAGGAGUAGAAGCCAAGAGGUCACCACCCUCCCUGAUGCUCAGGAUACAGAGGCCACGCAAGAACGAAACACGACUCCACAUGAGCCACUGGCAAGGGCUGCAGAGGAGGGCACAAAUUCCCCACCUCCUCCUGCUUCUGCAGAGACUUCUAAUGGGUUCCUGGGACACACAGUACCUGUUAGAAGAAUGCAGAGCAGUGAGGAAACUGAGGCAGGCCCUGCAUACAGUGAUGAGGACUAUGAAGAAGACAUCAUUGAGCCCAGGACCCUAAAUGAGAUCACCACUGUGACAGACAAAACUAGCCCUUGGUCCAGUUUCAUGUCAGACACAAGUGAGGUCAUCAGCCCUCAACCUGACGAGCAGAGAGAAGAUCCCUCCUCUGUUUCUCCAGGACCCUCACCCAGAAAGGAACUCAGGGCUAGAAGUAGCUUUCUGUCCAGCCCAAAAAUGGCUGUCAACACCCUCCUACCUAGGCAGGGUGCUCCUAGCCUUGUUGCUUAUGAGGGUGGAGCCUCUAAGGUCACGAUUGGCCAGCCUGCCUCAACCAGCCCUUGGCCUAGCACACACCUGCCACACUCAGGAAUCCAACGGGGCAAUACUUUUAUUGGGUGGAGCUCACCACAAGCAGAUCAAGACAAGGAGCCAAUGCCAGAGGCCCAGGCUGACAAUGAAGCUGCCUCCAGUGAGCUCAGUGACUCUGCUGAUAGCAACGAGAAAUUUUCUCAACACUUGGGCUCCCAAGGAAAAAGGGAAAACCAUAAAAAGCCACCCACGGAGGCCCCCAACAACAGGCAGAAACCGGUGACAGCUGGAUCAGAGGGGUCCUCAAGGCAGAGCCUCCUUACAGGCCAGAGCCCAUCGUUGUGCCCAACUUCUUUUUGCCUCCCCAGCAGUUGGAGGCCUCCCUACGGAUGCUCUCACUCUCUACAGCUUUGCCACCACCAGCCACAGAAGAUCAGGACCAAAGUGAAGCCACCAGAGGAGCCUUCUCCCAGAGGCCUUGUCGCCCCAGACCACACUCACUCCCUCCCGCCCUGCCUGAGGAAGAAACUCGCAGGAUCGCUCGGAUAUUUUCUUCUCAGUACUCCAAGACACACUGAUGCAGCCUGAGGGACCGAGGGAAGGGGCUACCUGCCCACCCUCCCUCGGCCCUGUCUGACAAGCAGGAGGCACCAGGCCCGCUUCCUUAGGCCUGUCACAGCCUGAAACUACCAGCCACCUAGACCGUUGGUACCUUGAGACCCAGUCAGCAUGGCCCUGAGGAAUGUUCCUCCUGCCAGGACUCCAGCUCCUUCCUUCUGUAGUGAGGCAAAGGAUUCUGAGCGACCUGCCACUCAGGGACCAAGCAGGCAUCUUCCAGCAGAGAAACUUCUGGUGUCCUCAGCACAGCCAACUGCUUUUCUGAGCCCACCCUCUGCCUGCAAGGUUGGAGCCUGACCAGGGCUGCAGGCAGGUAUAGGUUGUGUGCAUAAUCUAUAGCCAAGGAAAGCUUAGAGCCAUCUCCAGUUUGUUUGCUUGGGAAUAAGGAUAUUGUAUAGACAGUAACUUUUAUGUUAUGUUGAAUUAAUCAGUAGGACAGGAGGGAGAAAUCACCUCCUUUAAAUUGUUUAUCUGAUUAUUUGAAAUUCUAACCAUGCUCUUAACUUAUUUUUACACAACUUUGAUGAUCUUUGUUUC